AUUGUGUUCUCUCCAGUGAGCGCGCAUCGCGUUCCCACCGUCAUCCGCAUGAACGAGCCUGCAUCCAUCGUUCGUGAUACUCGCCUCUUCUCUCUCCUGCUUGUGGCAAAACAUAAACAAGGACAACAGCACACGGGGACAAGAUGUCAGGAAUGAACCAGGUGGUUGCUACAUUCUGGACGUUUCUUCUGCUCGCUGCGUUCCUCUGUGAGCCCGCUCUGUCUAAGGGAGGUCGUGGAGGGUCCCGGGGCUCCUCCCGGGGCUCCCACUCCCGCAGCUCCACAGCGGGGAGUCACCGGGCAGGAGGCGGCUACGGUGGGAACCGCUCUCGCUUCAGACCGGGGGGGCGGACCUCUCCUGUGAGGGUGGCAAGUGCGGCAGCAGCAGGGGCUGCCGUGGCGUUGAGUGCAGACAAAUGGUACGCCUCUGCCUACCGCCGCAGCAACACCGACAUCUCAGAUGAUGACCUGGAUUUCUUCAACAGGACCAAUUACUUUUAUGCCCAAAUGUCAGGAUCCACUCAAAAUGGAUCUUCACUCUCUCAGCUGGUUUCUAUCAUUAUAGCAACGUUUUCCCCAAAAUAUGGGCUGUUACUGGACAGUAUACUGUAGAUGUUCACGUGUUUUUUUUAAAGAUAACUUUCUGAUUUGGUUUAGGACUGAGCCUCUGUUCUGGAUCUGACUAUAAUGUGCAGGACUGACUGGAACCUGCGCUGGGAAGUCCAGUGAGAGUCCCAAAACAAAGGAAAAAAACAUCAUUGUACUGUAUGUUUCUACACAUAUAUAGAGGAUACCAAUGUAUAGAGGAUACCAAUGGACAGAUGUACAUAACCAGGACGGUAUUAUUCAUUGUGACAUUUCACCAGUCAAACAGUGCACGUUGGUCAAAUGUAUUGAGUCUGUGAGUGAGAUUCAAUACAUCUUGAUCCCUGUAUCGAAUUAAAGAAAAGUUCUUCACUAGAUUACUGGUCACCAAUCUAAG